AAUUGUCCCUAGAUUUUGCCCUUAAAGUUUGAUCACUACAAGCCCGGACACACUGUAUAGGAUUCAGAAUAGAUUGACGAAAAUAUAGUAAGCAUGUUCUGACAAUCUGAUAUUUACCUCAGAAGAAAUUGCAUUCAAGGUUAAACGAAUAAAUUAAGUAAUGCAUUUAUCGCUUUCUCAAAGCAAUAAAAACGCUAAAUAUAAUGAAAAUUAAAUACUAUAUUAUGAAAGCAAUUGGACGUGGUUCAAUACAGUAAACAUAAAAGUUCUAUACAGUACUGUAUACAGUAUACAGUAAUAAUAAAUUAUUUGCUAUCUUCCAAGAAAACUGAACUGAAUUCCUUAGGUUCUUUGUUGUCGAUUACUUAGGUUUAUUUGGAUGAAAAGAUACAGUCUCUUUAUUGAUAGAUUAAUAUUUAUUUUAGAUGUUUCAAUUUUUAACUAACUCUACAUUUUGUCUUUUGAUUCGGGCAGAAUUAAGUCUAUCAAGUAACAACCUGUGUAGUGUGUAUGGAUAAGCGUUAUUUUGAUCUUCAUAGAACUCGUAGGGUGUGGCAGAUUUUUUAUAUAGUAGGUAUACCGGCCGAUUUUGACAGUUGAGAGGUCGUAAAAAAUGGAUCAAAGGAGGUCUAGAAUGUAUCUUGAAUUUUCAACUUACAGAUAACGUUUAAUAAAUUGAAAUCAAUCAGUCCAGAGGGCCGUCGGGAGAACGGCAUUAGUUUUGUUCAGUCGGGGUUGUUCCUGAGUCUGCAACUCAUGGCUUUCUCCACGGAGACCGAUGAGAAUACCACUGCUGAGAUCGACCAGUGCCUUGGACUUAAUAUCACUAAAUCGGACAAAAUAAACAUCAUUAAAGACGUAUUGUCUGAUAUGCCCAAGUCUAAUUUCGACCUGAAGUGGCGGUGGUCGUCCCGGCUGGUCCUAGGUGCUGAACAGAACGUCAGCGAGGAUUUUAGAAGCGGGGCAGCUUCAGCUUUACAGUUAUUCUUAGGGAAAUUCCAUGGGAACGAAACGGACAAGAUACUUGCCCAAACUCUUAACCAUAUGGUGGAAGAAGAUUCAGGCGGUGCGAUUCGGGACACGUUCGACCCCGAGGAGUUAUCGGACGGAGUCCGCGCCGUGGCCUUGACGACUUUAUACAUGCGCGGGCGCUGGCGGUCUGCCCCCACUGUGCUCAACGGGUCUCGGCCGUUCCGAGACGCCGACGGAUCGCCACCGCGCACCGUGCGAAUGAUCCGGCUUAACGACUACGUGCGGUAUGCCAACUUUGAGGACUGGAAGUUUCAGGCCAUAGAAAUCUUCUACGCGACUCGGGGGCUGUCGCUUUUGAUGUUGGUUCCAGACGGGCGCUCUCUGCGGGGGUUGGCCGACCGCCUUGAGACCCUCAGCAUAGCAGAUAUCUCCAAGAGGAUGAUCUCCAUGCGUAUAGCUGUAACUAUGCCGCUGUAUACGCUGCGCAUGACGCUCCUGCUGCCAUCCAAAUUUAAGGCUCUCGGAGUUGAUCAGCUGGUUAGCGAUAAGGAUACCACAGAUAGUGGUAGUUUGAAGCUUUCUCAUGGCGUCCAGCGACUGAUGUUCUGGGCCGAAGCAGGACGGAACGCUUUCAAAGAUGACGGUAUAGAAUGGGAUGCAGAGCCUGAGAUGGAGUUGGUCGUGGACAGACCGUAUUUGUUCUUUGUGCGGUGGCACAAAACUACGCUUAUGAGCGGUAAUUUUGUUCUGUAAAAGUGAAUCUUAUCUUUUUGUAAUAAGGCACAACUAGCCAAUAUUGUACCUACUGGUAUGCAUGAACAGUUGUGAUUUUGGUGUGAAUAUGUAGGUACAUACAGUGUGAGUCACGUUAAAGUGUACAUAUCAAAAUAGAUGAAACUAGACCUAUUUUUAUCGACAAAAAAG